CUACUUUUUGACCGGUAUGAAAUAAAGGUUGUCUACCUUUUGGCCGCAUUCUUUGCUUUAUCUACCUUGGGACAAAUUUAUACCAACCUCGUUCGUUGCCUCUUUACACAAUCCCGCAACCAAAUUUUAAAAUAUCCGCUUUAAAUUUCUAGUCUAAGCUUAACUGUUUAACUGAGACACGCGUUUGAUACAUUUUCCGUCGAUUGUGUAUUUGUGUAUUAUUACGCUCGCUUUCUUCUAAAAAGACACACGGACACGGCGUGGUUUAAAACAGUGGUUUAUUUUUUGUGGCCUCAAGCUCAAACCAGACGCUGUAAUUUAAUUUCUGAUUUGAAUUUACUUAUGCACAAAGGCUUUACCGAAUUGUAUAUAUGCAGGUUUUAUGAUCUCAAAAAUAAUAUUACGCUGAAUAUAUCUAUAUUUUUGUUGUUAAGAAACAUCUUUUGAGUGGAACGAAAAUCUUUAAAACAAUCAGAAUUGCCACAACACGCUUUAUUUUGAGCUGCGUUGUAAAAUCUAGAUUUUCAUAUUGAUUCUCAUUUUUGUUGCGCUGCGCAAAUAUUUGCAAGAAAAUGACACACAACUUGCAUGUUGACACUGAAAAGUUAUGCAUUGACAAAAUCGCCGAUCCAGAAAAAGAUUUGAUUUUUGAAGCGAACCAAAACUUGUGGAGCUUCAGACUUCCUGAUCCGGAUGUUCCGAAGAGAACGAACGAGUUCAGUUACACUGACUCCGAAACAGUUGUCAGAGUUUAUCAUUUGGGACGAGCUUUGAGUCAGGUGUUCCUCAAGCACGGCUUGUACUACUGGACCAGUAGUGGUACUACUCUAGGUGCUGUCAGGCACUGCGGCAUGAUUCCCUGGGAUGACGACAUGGAUUUGUGUAUCUUGGAGGAACAACUCGAUCUGCUAAUGGGAUCCGUUGCCAUGGAUUUGGACGUCAACCACGACAUAAUAGUAGCACGACGAGAAGUGGGUAACGGAGAUUACGCAUACAACAUCUUUCAUCGGACUAAAUCUUCUUCGGUGUGGACAAUUGGUGGAAAAGCAUGCUUACGGUACCCAUUAUGCGACAUCUUCGUGAUGAAACGAGCGUCAAAUCAGCCUGACAAACUCAUCCCUGUCACUGAAGUGUAUCAAAAAGCAUAUCCGGAAGAAACUUAUCACGUGGAAGACGUCAUGGAGAACGCCAAGAUGCUAAAAUUUGGAGACUUUGAACUCAGGGUUCCGGGAAAUGUGGAAGACUAUUUGACUAGAAACUAUGGCCCAAAUUGGGCAAAAAUAGGCAAAACACACGAUAUGGAUCACAUCACGACCGAGUGGGUGAAUUCAGUUGAGUUCACCAUCACGGCGUUUGUUCCAGCAAUGCCAUUCAAGUGAAGAGCCACUCAUUGUCAUAUAUCAGCUGCCUAACUUGCUCGAUAAUAACAAACUUUAAUAUGAUUUUGAACUUCAUUGAAUUCAAUCAAACUUAAUUUUGAGCAAUUGUUUUGAAAUGUAGACUAUGACAUAAAAAUAUUGAAAUUA